UGGAAAACUCUUUUUGCAGGUUUUUCGAAUACAAAGUCACUCCCAUCUGUUGCAACUGCAACUACUGGCUCAUUGUGCACUACUUCAUCUGUUGGUGUAGUUACAUCUCCUCCACCAGCAUCUACUAAUGAUGCAGCAAGGACUACACCAUUUGUAACUACAUGUGGUAGUAUGCUUCCUCCUACCUCAACACCUAUUGAUAAACAAAUUGGAGAGUCUAUGAACACUUUUAUUACAAAUUCUGCUUUUGUAUCAACUUCAUCUGUCAGUGUGACACCUGGCUACUCAUUUUCAAUUACAUCAGCCAAAGUGCAGACUAAUCCAGCUACUGAUGAGCCUCUUUUGGAUGCAACUUCAUCUGUUAGUGUGACACCUACUGGCUCGUCUGAUCCAACCGUAUCAAACCCUGAUGGUUUAAGUCCGAACGAUUCCAGAUUUGACUAUACUUGGAUACUGAUCCUUCUCUCGGCAAUUAUAACAGCAUUAAUUCUGUUUUGCAUCAUAGUCUUCUGUGUUUGCGUCUGUCGGUAAGUCACACCCUUACUGAACACAUAUAAGUAAUGUAAGGUUGUAAGAGAGGUGAAUGGCUUUCUUCACCGAGUUACUUCAGAUUAACUAGGGUCACACCCUAACUGUAUAUACACAUUGCUAAUGUAAUCACACAAGCGAGGCACAGAAUAGCUUUCUACACCGGGAUACCUGAAACUAAUGUCACACCCCAACUAUAAACAGUGUUUUAUAUUAUGUAUCUGGAAAUUCUCUUUCACCAGGAGGCGAUGUUGUACUAAGUCAAAGAAGAUGUCCCUCGAGAGGCUGAGUCUGUCUUCUGGUUUUGAAAGCUUCCACGGGUUCACUCCCUCUUCUCUCCCCAUUAACCCCAUUUACGUCUCCCACAACGGCGAGGCUAUUGAGCACGCUCUCUCCACAGAGACAACAAUGAUCGAGCCACCGAUGGCACCUAUUGAAGAGAAGACUGGGGAUCAGGACAUAUAUUUGCUCGACAUUGAGGGAAGUGACGACUCCCCUGCACUGAAGAAAAAUGCCUUCUUUGAUCCAAUCUUGGCAGAAAUGUUUGGAGAUUACGUCACCCGAUGUCACUCCAGUGACAAUAGGGACUUCAAACAUCAGUUUACAGUGAUGCAAGACUGUGGUGCAGGCUUUUCCACAAUUGCUGGAUCUAACACAAGUCUGCAAAAGCUCAACAGAUUUGCCAAUAUCAUGCCGUAUGAAAAUAACAGGGUCUUCCUCAUGGCAGUUGAAAGACACACUGAGUACAAAGGAGACUACAUUAAUGCCAGUUACAUUGAUGGUUACAAUUUUGAGCACAAGUUCAUAGCAACACAAGGACCACUGCCUAACACAACUGUUGACUUCUGGAGGAUGGUGUGGCAGGAGAGGUCUCGGAACAUUGUGAUGGUCACCAAUCUGGUGGAGGGAAAUAGGAUCAAGUGUCACAAGUACUGGCCAGAGACUGGGACCCUGUCCUUUGGCCCCUUCAAUGUCACCAUCACAGGACAACAGAUACUGGCUGACUACACCACUCGGGAAUUUAGUGUUCAGCUGACGGAGAGUUCAGAACCAGCUCUGAGUGUGACUCAGUUCCACUUCACAGCCUGGCCUGACCAUGGAGUGCCUGACUAUGCGACUUCACUUCUGGCCUUCCACAAGAAAGUGAAGAAACAUCAUAAGCCAUUCAUGGGACCAAUUACUGUCCAUUGCAGUGCUGGUGUGGGGAGGACAGGGACUCUGAUAACUAUUGACUGUGUUCUUGAGCAGCUGCAAGAGGAGAAGGUGGUGGAUAUAGCUGGUGUCAUCAUCCACCUCCGCACACAGAGAAUGAAAAUGGUCCAGAGCUUGGAACAAUAUAUCUUCAUCCAUGAUGCUAUCCUUGAGGUCCUGAUGUGCGGUGAUACCCAAAUUGAUGCUGCCUGUAACCUCCGCAGAGUUACUCAGAGAAUGAGUGAAUGUGACCCACAAACCAAUCUCAAUGAGUUUGAAAAGCAGUUUAAGGUACUUGAGAAGGUUUCUGUAAAGCCAGAAGAGAUUACAAGGAAUGAGGCUCUUCGUAAUCCCACCAAGAAUCGGAGUGACUACUACCUCCCUGGUGAUGCCUGGCGUGUGACACUAAGAGGAGAUCUCCAGACUUAUAUCCAUGCCGUUUUUGUUAAUGGGUACAAGCAACAGAGAGCAUUCAUCAUGGCUCAAAGUCCCAUGGAGUCCACAGCCAGAGAUUUCUGGAAGAUGGUCCACGACAGGAAGUGUGGAGUCAUUGUUAUGCUCUGUGACUUGGUGGAAAAUGGGCAGGAGACGUGUUACCAGUAUUGGCCUCAGACUGGACUGAUUCAGUUUGUAGGCUACAAGGUUGAUCUGAUGGAGGAAAAUGUCAUGGAGGGAUUCAUCAUGCGCAAAUUAAGCGUCUAUAGUGAGAAGGUAUUGAGGAAAGUUUUCAUAAUAAUAUUACGGUAGAAAAUAUAAUUUGGGGUUAUUUUUAUACAGGCAAGCCGUGCCCACCAGGUAGUUCAGUUGCACAUGACUAACUGGAGUCCCUGAUGGCAGCUGCUCUCACCUGGCCACCAUCACCAGUGUGAUAAAUGAGAUGUCUGCAAUUCAGAGGAGAACUGGCAACCAUCCUGUUGUAGUACACUGCAGUGACACAGUGGGUAGGUCGGGGAUGUUCUGUGCCAUAGUCACCACCAUUGAGAGGUGUAAAACAGAGGGAGUGGUGGAUGUGUUCCAGGUGAUCAAGGCUCUCAGGAUACAGAAACCUGGAGCUGUCAUCACUGUGACCCAGUAUCACUUGUUGUUUGAAGCGAUUUUGGCCUAUUUGGAUUCAUUUGAUGCUUACUGUAAUUUUCUAGACCUCUAAUCUCUUUCUCAGAUAUUACACACCC